AUUUCGCUGGGUUUCAGUUUUAGUAGGGUAGAAGUAGCUAACUAGCUUAGUUAGCUAACGUCACUGUCAAUCAAAUGUAUGACUGUUGCACCUAACGCGAUCGAACAUAAGCAGAGACCAUUCGAAGCUGCCUAGCUAAGCAAAAUCGAAAUACGUUUGCAUUGUGGCAUGGUCAUUCUAUCACAUUUCUACCCAUAGGUAAGGUAGUUAACUUAGCUAGCCAGCUGUACGAAAUGUAAAGUAUAUUAGCUUAAUUUUUAGCUAGCUGGCUACAAAAAUGGCUGACUCGGCUUCUAGCUAACAGGGAAGCCAUUGCUGAACAUCCCAAAGAAACCUUCCAGAAGACACUAUCUCCCACCCAUAGGAGCUGAUAUCAUGGCAAAGGAUGCGGCUGGGAUCGGUGCCAACGGAGAGAUGAAGGUUUUCUACAACCAGAACCUCAGUCCCAGCAAAGGUGUCCUGUCCCUGGUGACAGUCCACCCUCAGUCCCUCUCUGUGGGGAAACAACUGCUUCCCAAAACCUUGGGGCUCUCCAACGUCAACAUCGCCCCACACAUGGUGAUGGGUACUCCUCAGAGGCCCAGUGGGUCAGGGGGGUUGAUGAUGGGCAGCCCUCACACACCCAGUACCCAGUACAGACCACAGAGCCAGCCCCCUGAUGCCUCUCCCUGGUCCACCGGGAAGCGUGGUACUGGUAAGAAGGGGGAUAAGAACGGGAAGGGGCUGAGGCAUUUCUCCAUGAAGGUGUGUGAGAAGGUGCAGAGAAAGGGCGUGACCACCUACAAUGAGGUGGCUGACGAGCUCGUGGCAGAGUUCAGCGCCAACGACACCCUCCUCUCGCCCGGCGACUCGCAUUCCUACGACCAGAAGAACAUCCGACGGCGUGUGUACGAUGCGCUCAAUGUGCUCAUGGCCAUGAACAUCAUCUCUAAAGAGAAGAAAGAGAUCAAGUGGAUCGGCCUGCCCACCAACUCAGCACAGGAGUGUCAGAGCCUAGAGGUGGAGAGACAGAGACGACUAGAGAGGAUCAAGCAGAAACAGUCUCAGCUACAGGAGCUCAUUCUACAGCAAAUAGCGUUCAAGCGCCUGGUGCAGCGUAACCGUUCAGCGGAGCAGCAAGCGGGGAGGGCUCCGCCCCCAAACUCUGUCAUCAACCUCCCCUUCAUCAUCGUCAACACCUCCAAGAGGACCGUCAUCGACUGCAGCAUCUCUAACGACAAGUUUGAGUACCUGUUUAACUUUGACAACAUGUUUGAGAUCCAUGAUGACGUAGAGGUGUUGAAGAGGAUGGGGAUGUCUUGUGGACUGGAGGUGGGCUGCUGUUCCCCAGAGGACCUGAAGGAAGCCCGCACCCUGGUGCCCAGAGCCCUGGAGCCCUAUGUUACAGAAAUGGCCACGGGCCCAAUAAGCAACGUCUACAUCACGGGAGCGUCGUCUACAAACGGAGGACGCCAUCACACAAGUGGCGCCGAUGGCACAGUGGCAUCCAUUUCCAACGAGUCACACUACAGCGGCUCGCGAGGCCACACCCCUGUGUCCUACAUGGCAGAUGAGGAAGAGGAUGAUGAAGAGGACUACGAUGACGAUGAUUAAAUCAGUAGUUCUUCGUUCUCACUCAACCAACUCUACCAGACCAGUCUGAUUUAACCAAGUGUGUCCCAAAUGACUCCCUAUAUGCUGAACUACCUUUGACCAGAGCCAUAUUGGCACAAAUGUAAUGCACUGUAUUGGGACUAGUGCCAUUUGGAAUGCGUGCAGCCCAUAUCCCAUGAACAAGUCUCUCUCCCUCCCUCCGGCUCCAUCUCAGGCCUUCCCUCCUCCCCACCAAGCUAUCUACGAGGAGGCUCCUGCCCCUGCUUCUCCUUCCUCAGCUGCCUUCAGAAUGCACAGAGCGCACCGACGCAAUGGCCUUCUGGGAAAUGUAGUCUCUGCUGCCAAAGACGCUGACUGUAUAAUGCCUUUAGUGGGAAUUAACUUUUUUUUUUUUCUGCUUCUGAACCUGUGUUUCUAUCAGAGUGUAAUCUCCACAACGCGCUCCUCUUCAGCCCGCCUCCCCGUUACAGGAAAUGGGAGCCUUCUCCUGCCAUACUCUUUUUUUUGGUUCUUGAGUGAACUGAUAUACGGCCACGGAAAGAUUCCCUCCAGAAACCUCUGAGAUCUGUCUUGUGUCGCUGUAUUACAGUAUUUAACAUUAUGAACAGUAGUGGUGUCAGUCGUUGACAUGACAGUGGAAAUGACUUCCUAUACAUCUCCUAGGGGAGAGGGUGUGUGUGUGUGUAUGUUUUGUACUUAUUUGUAGUAAUAUUUUCUUAUUUUGUGUGUGUGACUUCCUUCUGGCAGCUAUUUUCAAGAUUGGUGAGUGUGUGUUUGGGCAGUCACUUGGCCCUGUGCUUGUGUGUUGCUGUGAAUACCUACAGACAGUAGAGGCCAAAUGUCCCUGUGUGUUGCUGUGAAUACCUACAGACAGUAGAGGCCAGAUGUCCCUGUGUGUUGCUGUGAAUACCUACAGACAGUAGAGGCCAAAUGUCCCUGUGUGUGACGCUAGAGGAGACAAGGCCACUCAUCCCAUCUCAAAGCAAGGUGACCUCAGAAUUGGAUUCAAGAGAACGUUGUUAUAAAUCAGAAGUGGUUCUCUGCCUGGCUGGCAGGCAGCCCAUUGAGACAAAACGUACCAAAAUGUUUCUAAAUGAACGACACCCAGAGGAAUGAAGUAGCUGCGUAUGAUCAACGAACAUAACUUUUUGGGAGGAUGGAGCCAUUCAUAGGGUUGAAACAAGCUCAAGACUUCUUCAGGAUUUUGUCAAAAGGCAAAACGGGAGUCCACUACAAAGACCCCCAAUGAACUUUUGUAAAACUGAACAAAUAUGUCGACUCCGUAAUACCGUACCUUUUUUCUUUUUGUUAUCUAAUGAGUUUGGAAAUUAUAGAGAAUAAAAUAUAGAGGAUGUUUGAACAUU